AAAGCAAGUAAUGCAGAGUGUCUAAAAUUAUAUCUGUUUUCUUCUUCUUUAGGAAAUGCGCAAUUUGAAGUGAAAAUCAAACCCAUCUCCCCCAAAGAAGUUGUUCAGAUCCAUGUCCCUAAGUUUCUGGAUAGGAACGAUGGCUCCUUUCUCAUGCGAUAUCGGUUGUACGGAAGUGUCAAGGAAGGCUUAAAGGUGGAGAUUCUUUAUGGCAGUGCACAUGUUGCUGAAUCUCCCUAUAUCCUCAAGGGUCCAGUUUAUCAUGAAUAUUGCAAAUGCCCGGAAGAAGAUGCUCAGAUUUGGGAGAAAAGUCUUUCAUGUCCUUCAGAGCACCCUCAGAUUACCGAGGAUUUCGCUGUGUUUCCUAGCAUUGAUCUUCAGCGGAUGUUUGAUGAGGUUCCACCAAGGUUUGCCCAAAAGAUGGGAGCCAUUGUUCAUUAUACUGUCAUCGGCAAUCACAUCUAUCGCCGGUCCUUGGGAAAGUACACAGACUUCAAAAUGUUCUCGGAUGAAAUGUUGCUGUCACUGGCGAGGAAGGUUCGCCUUCCUGAUGUGGAAUUUUAUCUCAAUGUUGCGGAUUGGCCUGUUGAGCAUCGGAAAGCAAACGACACCCCUGGCCCCCUGCCUAUCCUUUCCUGGUGUGGCUCUAUGGAUUCAGCAGACCUGGUGCUUCCAACCUACGAUGUCACCCAUUCAACCCUAGAAACUCUGCGAGGCGUCACAAAUGACCUCCUGUCUAUUCAAGGAAACACAGGACCUGCCUGGGACAACAAAACGGAACAAGGGUUCUUCAGAGGUCGAGACAGCCGGGAAGAACGGCUUCAGCUGGUGCAGCUCUCCAAGGAAAACCCAGAACUGCUGGAUGCUGGAAUAACAGGUUACUUCUUCUUCAGAGAAAAGGAGGCGGAGCUGGGGAAGGCUCCAUUGAUGGGGUUCUUUGACUUCUUUAAGUACAAAUACCAAGUGAGUAUAGAUGGCACAGUUGCAGCCUACAGGUUUCCCUACCUCAUGCUGGGGGACAGCCUUGUGAUCAAGCAGGCUUCGCAGUACUACGAGCACUUCUAUAAGGAGCUGGCGCCAUGGACCCACUAUGUUCCCGUUAAAAGAAACUUGGAAGAUUUGCUGGAAAGAAUAAAAUGGGCAAAGGAAAAUGAUGAAGAAGUCAGAAAAAUUGCCAAGGAAGGGCAGGCAGCUGCAAGAGAACUACUGCAGCCUCACCGGUUUUAUUGCUACUAUUUCAAAGUGUUCCAGAAAUAUGCUGAACGCCAAGCUGGUAGACCUGAAAUACGGGAUGGGAUGGAAUUUGUACCUCAGCCUGAUGACAGGACUUCAGUCUGCAGCUGCCACAGGAAAAAGCCUUCAAAUGAAGAGUUAUAAGUAACCCUGCCAAAUGAGAUCAAAUAUAUAGCCUGUUGCAAGAAUGAGGCAGGACCUAAAAUCACAUUUAACACUGUGGAAUCUGGAACUAGCUUGUACAUGGAGAAAUAGUCACGAUUCAGUCCUACAGCGUCUUGUCAGAAGUAAGCGCCAUUGAGUUUGAAGGGGCUUGUUGGAGUGUAGCCUUGGAUACCUUCCUUUGCUCUGUUUCCUCUACAUGUUGCCUUGUGUGCCUUUUAAAUAUCCGAACAGAGAAUGUAUAAUGGUGAAGAAAGUUCUCGGCCAGACUGUGUCCUUCACUUGCAUGAAGUGUUUAUGGGGCUAGUUUUCUAGGUCACUUUCAAAGCAUUCCACAUAUAAUUUGUCUCCUUGGUCCUCGCAGCAGCCAGUUAAGGCAAGUCAGUAUUAUUUACUAUGUCCUCCUCUGUCUUCUU